UUUCGAGCAUACUUUUUUAUACGAAUCAAAAGAUUUUUAUCCAAGACUCUUCUAAUAAACUAUGAAAUCUGACACAAUAUGGAAAACUUUGUUCUUGACAUCUGUAACAUUGGCACGGAUGGGUCAGGGAAUGUAUCUGUCAAUUUCAGGUCCAACAUUACUUUACCUUGCUGAUCACUUCAAUGUGGACGUUUCUGAAAUUUCAAUUAUGUUUACCUUGAGAUCUUCUGGAGCAGUUGUCGGAGCAGUAUCGUACGGUGUCAUUAUGAAUCGUUUUUCAGGAAAGUUCAAUCCAUUACAUGCAUUCGGUCCCACAACUGCACUGCUCGGUUUGAUGAUUCUUAUAAUACCGUGGUUAAAUUCACUGGCCGGAUUGUUGGUUUCGGGAUUCGUUGCUGGAUUUAUGUUUGCUUUUGCGGAUGGUGCCAUGCAGUCGCUCUAUUUACGCAUUUGGGGCGAAGAACGUUCAAGACCAUUCAUACAAUCCUUUCACUUUGGAAUAAGCGUCGGAGGAUUAAUAACUCCCAGCAUAGCAUCUCCGUUUUUGGAAAUGGCCAAUAGCGACCAAGGUACCGAUCCAAAUUGUCCGGACUCUUCGAAACAUUUUCAAGACUAUACAGGAUUUUCAAGUUCUUACCACAACACCAGUACCACUUUUCUCCCACCAACAGACGAACUAAAUCCAGUUGCCUGGAGUUACGUCAUUGUUGGAGGAUUUUCUCUUGUUGCAUCGAUUCCUCUUUUUGCUUUCUCUUUUUGUGGACUCGAUAGAAAAAUUAAAAUGCGGGAGCAAGUACAAAACCAGAUCACAAGGAAGAACCGUUACACGAUGUUUGGCCCAUUCUUCUUCUUGUAUUUUUCUUUUAUUUUCUUAACGAUAUGUUGGAAGCAAUAUAUACCAACUACAUUUAUUCGAUAUCAGUCUGCGCGUCAGGAUUCACGGUUACGCAAGCAGCUAAUUUGACCUCUUUAUUUUGGUUUGGAAACUUAGUAGCAAGAUUUGUUGCUAUUGUAUAUUCAAAAUAUUUUCAACCGCGAACAAUCAUCAUAUAUGACAUCUCUCUUGUGCUACUGUCCAUGAUUGUGAUAUGCAUAUUCGGAGAGUACAUAAAUCUUGUGCUUUGGAUUUCUACUUUGUCCUGUGGGAUCGGAGUUGCAACAAUUUACGCGACAGGUGUUACUUGGGCGUCGAAUGUGACUGAUGUAUCGGGAAGUUAUAUGUUUGUAUUUUUGGCUGGAAGUAAUACGUCUUCUAUGGUUACGUUGCUCAUUGCAGGAAUAUUGUUUGAUGUGGAUCCGUGGAACGUAAUGUACUUAAUUCUCUCUGCUGCAUUGACGAUUGGUUUCGUUUUUACUGGCAUGGAGAUUGCAGCUCGCCGUCAUGAAAGCCGAAUAGCAAGCGUUUCAGAAAACAAUCAAGAUUACAAAGUGGAUGUUGAUUACAAA